UGUGAAAGAAUGGGUCGCUCUCAGGAGCUCAGUGAAUUCAAGCAUGGUACCAUGAUAGGCUGCCACUUGUGUAAUAAGUCCAUCCGCAAAAUUUCCUUGCUACUGUGGUCAACUGCUAGUGGUAUUAUAACAAAGCGGAAGCAACUGGGAACAACAGCAACUCAGCCACAAAGUGGUAGGCCAUGUAAACUGACAGACCGGGGUCAGCACAUGCUAAAGCGCUUAGUGCGCAGAAGUCGCCAACUGAAUGCAGAGUCAAUAGCUAAAGACCUCCAAACUUUGUGUGGCCUUCAGAUUAGCACAAUAAUGCGUAGAGAAUUGGUUUUCAUGGCUGAGCAACUGCAUCCAAGUCUUACAUCGCCAAGUGCAGUGCAAAGCGUAGGCUGCAAUGGUGUAAAGCAGAGUAGUGGAGACUAGAACGAUACUUGUCUGACUGCAUUGUGCCAAGUGUAAGGUUU